AUGGAGACAAACAUAUACAGGCGCUUAGGUGUACCCAAGAAGACCAUCAAGAAGAGCCGCAAGAGGAAGGCCAAUGAUGAUAAUCAUGGACAGUCUGGGUGUCUGAUAAGUGGUGUCCCCCAAACACAUCGGCCAACCAGCAGGGCCAAAAAACUAAAACCCACGGUUAGUAGCCCUGGGAACCAAAGAAGACACCGCAAGUGUAUGCGUACACCCAAUGCUGGUGAGGAUGGUGUGCAAGUAGAAAAAACUGGUAAUGCAGUCACUACGCUAACCGUGCAUUCGAAUGUUUUAUUUAUGCGUCCUCAGUGUUAUGUGUUACGAACAAAUAGUCAUUUAUUCAGGCGUUACCGGGAUGAAGAACCCAUAAUUUUCGCGUGGGAGGAAACAAACUGUAAUCUCUACAACCGGGUAAAAUCAGCACGUGCCAGUCAUCCUUCAUCAUCAACCUACCCCGCCUCUGAACCAAAUGUUGCAUCCACCGUAAUUGAAGACAUUGGUGAACCAGUUCCCUUUAACGUCAUCAUAGGAAAAGUUAUAUCUGCAGUUGUCGGUGAUAAAAAAGUUGAAAAACCCAAAUUGGAUGUUCCAAAACCAGUACAUGUCGAAGAGAAUCUUGAAGGAUUUUCUUCCCAUGUUUUGGAGUGCCGUGUACCUGACCCAUCUUUCGUAGAUGAGAGGAACCUUGUGUCCCCGACGAUGGAGGAGGAUGAAAAAUAUGAAAGUUGCAAGGACAAUAUCUCCAAUGAUUCCCAAUUGCAAGAUAAAGAAACCCAAGCGAAACGAGGCCAUCCGGUUUCUGACACCGACCGAAAUGAGGCCAUCCGGUUUCUGACACCGACGAGGGCUCGAAUGAUGUGGAGAGUGGUGGUAAAUGUUACUGAAAAAUAUCCAAUACGAUUCAAAGAGUUUACACCCCAGACGCAAGGUUUAAAGGGUCCCUCAGCAGUGAAAAGAAGGUUGAGUAUAAGUCCAUAG